AUGAUUCUACGUCGUGAUUCAUUCCCUUCACGUCUCCAUCUUCGGCGUGACACACUCAAACUGACAAUCUCCCUCCAUCGACUGUCUUUAUGGACUCAUAGACACCAUUGCCGGUUGAGUCAGAUUGUUAAACGCCGGUACCAAGAUCAUGCUAUAAAAAUGCCCAUUUCGACACAACGUCUCAUUACUCGCAGCAUGAUCUUCCACCAUCAGUACCCAAUGACGACAAACUCACCACCCAGGUGUAUUCUCCAGGACACCAUUAAUCUAGGAAAUUUCCUUACUUUGGACGAGGCUACCAUCCUCCACCAGAUCCAUGCCGCGUUUCAACCUGAGCUGGAACGCCUGAAAAAUGCCACCGCGGUCGAAGGAACUGCUGAGCAGCGUCGCGCCAACGGCACUCCUGACCAUCCAAGCCCAUCUCAGAUUCUAUAUGGGACCAAUUACGACGAGAUCAAUCGUACCCUGGUGGGCGUUCUCGCCCUCCGUUGGAUCCUGAAUAAUGAUUACCACCGAUUCACUCAAGGCCAGCCUCUUGAUACAAAGUUGACCCAGUCUUCAUUUCAGUGGCUCCAUGAUCUCUUCUUUCAGGGUCUGACCUGCUCUGAAGACAUGUUUGCCCUGAUCUUGUCCAUGGUGAUCAAUGACUUGGGCAAAGACCCCAACCUUGUCACAGACUUUGAGUCGCUCACUCAUAGAUCCAUCCCGGACCAAAAUCAUGAUGCCAUCUUACUCGAGGCUGCCAAUGUCGAUAUGAUCCCUGCCUUGCGAUACCUGACCGAAGAGAAAAAACAAGAAGUCUUGAAAGGCCUCGAACUUGGUUCGGAGCUCAAUGCGGGACAAUUGGCCCAGGCGGAAAGUGUUCCAUUCAACCUAGAGGGCCUCUACGAGAUGCGCGGCCAUCUACACGCAUUCGAGCUCAAGUUUAUGGAGCAGAUUCUUGACGUUGCCGCUGCAGCUGGUCACCUCGAUUGCAGAGGUGCCAAAAACUUCAUCGAGCCCGUUCACCAAGCUUUUAAAAUGGUACGCGAAGUCUCUCUGGACAUCAUCGACGGCAAGUCCAAUCUACGUCAGGGCUACGAUAAGGUCCUUACAAAACGUGGCAAUCUACUCGUAAGAGCUGGCUUCCGCAAGCUGAGCGUUGGUGCCGAUGAAGAUAGAGCGCUCCUCCGUCUGCUCACCAUGGGACGUACCACAGACAAACAUCAAGCCGAGUUGUUCAGCGAGGCCUUCCAAGCCCUUGAAGACCCUGUCAAGGCUCAGCUUGUCCGAGGUCUGAAUAUCGAUGGCAAUGUUAACGAGACUGCCGUCUUGCCCUAUUACAUGCCCGCAAUCAUGUCCAAAACUCUCGAGAGGACGCGAGAUUUGAGCCAAGAAGAUAGGCAGAGGGCUCUAACGAGCUUGAUGAAGUAUCUCGCUAGAGUUCUGGCCACUGACCCGGGAGACACGCGCUAUACCCCAGACGGCCAAGUUCCAGGGAUCAUAAUCGAACGUAAUAUGUCGAUUGUCCAGGAAGUCAUCGAUAGUCCGGCUUUCAAAGCCAACCCAAAUUUCGAUGCCUUGGAUGUUCCUGACGGACAUGUCCUCCUUCGGCGGCGUACCAGUCAGUCCAUGUGA